AUGACGCCAUCCUACAGCUCCGGCCCCUCAGGGCCCGCCGGGGGGCGGAGGGCGGCGACCUUCGCCGGCGCGAGCGUGUUCCUGUCGCGGAAGCUGGUUGCCCCCGAGGUGUUCGACGCCGUGCACGACGCGCUCCGCCUCAACGGCGCCGAGGUCCUCCUCUGCGCCGACCCGAGCCGCACGGGAUCCCUCGACUUCCACGUCAUCUCAUCCUCCUCCCACGAGAGGUUCGCCGAUCUACGGGCUAAAGGCUGCAAUUUGCUAGGACCACAGUGCAUUCUUUCCUGUGCUAAAGAACGUCGUUUUCUACCUAAACAAAGUUAUACUUGUUGCCUUGCAAUGGAUGGGGUUAAAACACUUUGUUCAGGCUUUGAAAAGUCUGAGAAGGUUAGGAUUGAAGAACUAGUGACAGCCAUGGGAGGUCAUUUGCUAACUAGACACAACAUGGAUGUGAAUUUUGUAAUUGUGAAGGAUGUCACGGCUGCCAAAUAUAAAUGGGCUCUGAAUACUUUGAAGAAGCCCAUUGUCACCAUGAAGUGGUUAGAGCAAUGCUGGAUUGAACAUCGUGUUGUACCUCAUGAACCUUACAGGAUUCUUCCCUUUACUGGGUUGAAUAUCUGUGUCACUAAACUGGAUCCAGAUGAACGGAAGGAAUUGGAGAAAAUGGUAGUGCAGAAUGGUGACAAAUAUGUCGUGGCCCAAAAAUGGGGUAAUAUCCACAUUGUGAAUCCAAGAUGGGUUGAACAAUCUGUUGCUCGAAGAGCUUGUCAAGAUGAAAAUAGCUACCUCGUUUGUCAGAGUUCAUCUGCUUUUAGUGGUUCAAAGAGUUCCCUUAAGGAGCAACAAAAUCCAGAGAUCAGUAGCGCAAGUGCAAGCUUUCAACCUGUUCCAGCAACAUCAGUUGAUGACUCAGUAUCAAUGUCACAAUAUUUGCCUGCUUCAUUUGGCGAUGCUGCACGGAUCAGCAACACUGCAAUUGUUGGCACACCUAGUGUCCAAGAGAAAAAUGAGAUGCAGGUUGAUAGUCAUGUUGCUGAGGACUCAGAGCCAGAAAAUGAUGAUCUAUAUUUAUCAAAUUGCCGAAUUUCUCUCGUGGGUUUUGAAGAGAAAGAGUUGUUAAGGCUCGUCAUGAUGAUACGCAAUGGAGGUGGAUCCCGGCAUAUUUUGCUAAGUGAGAAGCUUACUCAUAUUGUUAUUGGUAAACCUUCAGAUGAUGAAAAAAAGGAGGUAAGACGUCUGGCUGCAUGGGGUGUAAUAAAUAUAGUGAAAGUAACAUGGUUAGAAGAUUGCAAUAGAGCAAAAAAGGAAGUGAAAGUAUCCCCAAUGCAUAUAGCUACUGAGCUCCUCUUGAAGGGAUUUUCACAAGUGGGCAUGGAAAAUUCUGCUGAUACACGUGAAACUAAGGUAGCCAAAAGCUCAGGUUGGAUUUUUCAUGUUCCAACUGUCGAUGACUUACAUGACAAACAUCAUGAAAAAGAUGUGUCAUCUGAAAGAAAACCAAAAAGAGGCAAACAUGAAAACAGUAUAAGUAAAACCCGAUCAGCAGCCAGGACUGCAAAAUCAAGUCAACAGAAUGGAAUGGUCAAUGUUAGCGAGUACCAGCCCCAAUAUCAAGUAACAUCCACAAUGAAUUCUGGAAGUAGCAGAUCAAAUAUAUUCAAAGGGAGAACAUUUAGUUUCUCAAAUUCAUUUUCUCAUGACAAGAGACCUGAGGUUGUUGAUUGGGUCAGAGAUGGUGGAGGCGUUAUGGUGGAUGACAAUGACAUACAAUCAACUGUUGUGGAUUUCAUAAUUGAGUGCCAUGGACAAAACAGCUUGCCUUGUGACUUGUCUCAUUCAGCUGUUGUUUCAACUCAAUGGAUACGAUCAUGUUUGGAGGUACAUGCUUCUGUGGUCGAGGUCACUUUGCUCCACUAUGCUUUUGAAGUGUCAGUCUACAUUCCAGUUCUUAUACAUUUAAAAAUUUGUAUAGGAGAACUGCUUACAAGAUGUUGGGAGUCAUCCUAUCUUCUCCCCUUUAGCUGUCGCAUCCCGCUCCCAGGAUUCAAAAGCUUCUAUUUCUGUAUUUCACAAUAUGGAGAGAAAGAAAGACAGCUGUUGAAGAACUUGUGCUUUCUACUGGGCGCUAAGUUUACAGAAAAAGCAUAUAAGAGAGUAACCCAUCUCAUCUGCAAAUUUGCAAGUGGUCCAAAGUAUGAGGUUUACACCAAAAGAGGAACUCCAACCAUUACUCCCGAGUGGCUCUAUGAGUGUGUAAAACAGGAUCAAGAUGCUUAUGUGUGCACUGUCAGCCAAUAUUCCACGCAGGCAACCAGAUUUGAUUCCUCUGAGCUGCUUAAUGGUUGUCAAGUAACAACAAACAAUGCAACACACAAUUCUGUUCAUGAAGAAACAACUAUGCCUGCUGUUAGUAGAAAGAGAAGAAUAUCUGUUCCUGGCAAGGUUAACGAUACGUGCGGAAAUAUCGGAAGAUCUGAGAAACACCUCGACAAUAGCUCUGUCCCUGAUGUCGCAGAUGCCAUAGAGGUUCUAUCAUCCAAGAUUCAGGACGUGCAAUCUCCCAGGAGUAUAUUUGAACCUGACAAUUCUGUUGUUCAAGAGCAGAAAGAUACACACUCCUUUGGCAUUUCAAGGAGCUGGUUGAACAUGCAACAGAAGCAAGACAACACCCCUGACACAAAGGUUAAAAACUUAAACUCCACACCAGUCCCCUCCCCAGCUCCCACUACUUACUACCCUUUCAGUGAGACGCAGACGGAAUCUCAGGUCGUUGGAUACGAAGAAGAUUUAACAGGCAGGCAGAAGAUCAUAGACAGGGUUCGGUCUCAGAGCAUUAAUGUGACUCCCUCGGGUGAGAUUCCUUAG